CGCAAGUGGAACGCAAGACCCGCUCAGAAAAAAAAGAGAGCGCGAGAGAGAGUGGAAAAUCUCGCAUAACGGCUUUUACUGUUAGCCGGCCCGAUCGGCGAUCGUUGGAGCAGCUGACUUCAGUCUGCCUUCAGACCUCAGUGGACACACUUGCUCCACUUGCUCGCUCCACACUUCGAUAUCCAGUGGAAACCCGUUCGCGGCUCGCCUCGCUUAGAUUCGAUUCCGUUCGCGCAGGCGCCCAGUGUUUCGUAAUUGCGCUCGCGCCGUGUCCCAGAUUCGGUGGCUCGUUUCGUUUUCAUUUCGCAGCGCUGCUCGAGUUCGUUUGGCAAUCGAAAUGCACCAUUGAGUGGCUUAAUCCGAAAUCAGAGAAUCGGCGAAAACGAAGCAUGUGCAAUCGGCUAGGACUGAGAUCCACCGAGAGUUGAGAUGAGAUCGCAUGUGGCCGUCUACCGGGCGCCCGAAACUGCACCACCUGCACCACCCUAUGGCCCCCUGAGAUACCCACCACAUCAGCAGCAGCAGCUAGGCCACUGGCCAGGCUCACCAGCCCCACCACCGCCGCAAUCCUCCGGAUACAACUUGCAACGACUGCAUCAUGCAGCGCCUCCUCCCAACUGGACCACCUCCCCGGCGACCGGCCCUCCACCCCAGCCCAGUGGCUACGGGGUCGUCAAUCAGCAGCGGAUCAACGAGUGCGCCGGGAUUCCGCUCAUCUCGAAUGCUUCCAGUCACCUGUCGCCGGCCCAGCGGCAGCGACUGUUGCGGAAGUCCACUCCAAAGUCCGCACCGUCCUGGCCGCCUGGCGGGGCUUCCAUGUCGCAACUGGCGGUGCACGCGCAGGGGAUGCCGCUGCUUCAGCAGAACGGCAAGCAGCAUCUCCAGCCACAGUUCCAGCCGUCGGCCCAUCCACACAACCACCACCCGAUGCCGCCCAACUGGAGUGCCUACCAUCCGAUGAACAGCCAGGGCUUCAAGCUGGCCGACAAAUCCCGGACCCUCCGGUACCAGAACUCUGCACCGCCCGUGCUUACCACCCAGGAGAAACCCAUCAUGAAUGCAUCAACCCAGGACCAGACCAAUUCUCCCUCGGAGACCUGCCUGCCCAGGAUCAUUAAGCCGAGGAAGCGGCGCAAGAAGGACCGGAAGCCGGGCAACGGAGUGCUCCUCAAGCUGGAGCCCGAGAUGCAGCCAAAAAUGAACAGCCAUGGGGAGGGCUAUCCCGCUGGUGUCGCGUACCACCUACCACCUGGGAUACUGCAGCACGACCACACCCAUGGUGUCUGCUUUUGCCGGGACUGCGAUCCGCUGCGCUCUCUGUGGGACUACCCACUGCGUCGGUCCCUCUCGGACGCCUCGUCGAGCGAGCAGGGUGGCGGCAGCCGGGAGUCCUCGUCCUCCACUUCGUCCACUCACUCGGACAGCUCCUGCGAUAGCUCCAUUUGCAGCCAGAGCCGGCCCAACCCAACCACCAAGGCAGCGCUGGAGGAGACGGCCGAGGAGUUCGCCCCCAUUACCGGAGACAGUAGUCGGGCGGACAUAGUGGGCGUGAUCGGGUCCCAGCGAAGUCAUCCGAGCGUGGUGACCACGCCCUCGCAGUGCCUGAGCGACGACUCCGGCUACGGGGACAUCCUGAGUGGGAUCAACAUAGUGAACGAUCUGUUCGGGAACUGUUUCAAAGGCGGAGUGGGCAACACCUCCUCCUCGACGAUUUCCGCCCAGGCGGAGACUCUCCUGGACGAGAGCCUCAAUGAGAUAUCGCGCAAGCUGAUCGAGACCUGCAAUGCCUCGGAUCAUGCCGGAUUAGUAUCGGGCCUCGGACCGGGAUCGGGAUCAGCCAGCGACAGUGGCUUGGAUAGCGCUGGGAGCCACGGCUGCGAGUCGGGCCUCGUCUUUAACUUUGAGCAUUUGAAUCUGACGGAUGCGACGCCCACAGCCUUGAAUCUCUUGGUAGAUUGCAACAACAAUAGCAAUAGCUUGGGCUUGGUGUGGUGCGGCGGCGGCGGCAGGCAUCCGAGCGGAGGUGGCAGCCACGAUGACAGCCAAGUGGCAGCUGCCAAACUGGGGCCAGACAGCCGGGCCACACCCACCAGGCUGAUACUGGGCUCGGUGGGUAAGCUAAAGCCAGCGUUUUCCACCAUCUCGUGACGACGACGACGACAAUGGAAAACUAAUCAAAUCCAUGGGAGACGAAAGAUGAAAACCGAAAUCCCAAACCAGAAAAUGACGUUUCUUGUUUUUUGGCGACGGAGAGAUAAUUGGAAACGUGAGACGCAAGAUAUCCGCUGCGUGGGCGGACUCGGAUUGGAAAAUUCAAAUCUCCCCACAUCCCAUUUGGGCAUUUCUUCCAAGCCCAAGUUGCAUAACUCCCAAAAGAAAGAUAAAAGAAAGAGACACUGAGGUGAAAGAUAGAAGAAAACCCAUUAAUCCGUCCCAGACACAUGUGAGGCGAUCAUCAUCACGUCGUCAGGCCUUAUGGAUGCAAUCCCAAAGCUAAAUGGAAACUUGUGAAGACCGACCGGGACUGGCAGCUGGAAACCUUGUACAUACCAUCCAUCCACAUCCACAUACACACAUGAAGCUUGAAUCCGAACCCGAACCCGAAUCCGAAUCCAACUUGCGACUUCCACUUCAACUUUCACUUUCACUGUGGCGGCGUUUUGUAUUUCUGUAUUUUUUAAGACUCUUUUUCUUUUCUUUUUCUUUUUGCCAAGACCACAGAGUCCAAAAGAGCUGCGGGUGGCGGUGGCUAGAGGCGGGAGAGGGGGGCGGGUGUCAGCUCUUAUGCAGAUUUUGUGGCGCAAAAAGAAGAAGAAACUGUAGCUGUAGCUGUAGAAAUCGUGUGGAGCAGCGCUACCAUGUGAACCCAAAACUCCGUACAAUGAUUCACCCAAGCACCCAAACACCCAUACAUCCAUACAUCCAUUUCUUUAUACUUUAAACGCUGUUGUUAUUUGUGCAUUAACGUUACCAACCCCGUAGGUCCAAAAUCGUACACCCCGUGAUCUGGGAUCUUAUGUUUCGAGUUUAAGCCACGUUCCUAAAUGUAGUUGUGUAUCUCGUAGGUAUUGUUGGAUCUUUUGGUUUGGUUUUUAGAUAGUUUUGUAAUCGCAGCGCUACAACGUGAACUUUUAUAGUGGAUAGGUCUGGUUAGGUUAUAGGUUAUGCUUAGUUUUGGGGUCAGGUUUCGUAGGAACUCGUAGAAAGGAUCUCCGUCGGUUUUUAAAAGUCGAAAGUACAUACAUAUUUUAGUGAUUCAUCCUUUGAGGUCGAACCGAAAAGAAAACUUCAAGUGAGAGUUGAAUUUCCAAUGGGGUUGUGGGAUAUUUCUUAUCAUGGCAUGCUGUAUCUCGGAAUUAAGAUUCAUUUAUGGCUGAAUUGGCACCGAAAACAGCCGAAACAGAAAGAACAUCUAGCGCACAAUUAAUUCCAACUGAGAUCGCCGAGCAUAAAAUCUAAAUCUGAAAAUCGAGAGCAGCCCUAGUUACCUGCUUACUGGCUGCUAUAGUUGGCGAGUAAAAGUUUUCGCCUUUUUUUUAAUUAAAAGAAACUCACGAACGAACGAAGCGCGCGCCCGCUUAGAAAUUGCUUGAAGUUUUCCACUCCACUCCGGAUCGGCUCGGCUUCUCUUGGCUGCAAUCGAGUUAGCUUGGAGUCUUAG